GAGAGAGAGAGACGAUUAGCUUGGUCUUAAGAUUUCUCCUUUACCAAGAGGGGGUCAUAUUGUAAAUACAGAAGAAGACAACUACAUCCUUCUUCCAAAGAUAAAGACAGUUCUCCUAGAACGAAUCCCUCUUCUCAAAAUUCCUCUCAAAUGGCUUCUAGCUACUUCUUCUCUACACCAAUCAUUGCCUUCUUUGUUCUCUUUCUCCUUCCUAUUUCCUCCUCCGAAGCCCCUUCGCCGAAGAACCAUUCUCGGUUUUCCAACAAAGAGCUUUUCACUCAUCUUCAAAAGCUCAAUAAGCCUUCCACCAAAACGAUUCAGAGUCCUGAUGGCGAUGUAAUUGAUUGCGUACCUUCGCAUCUCCAGCUAGCGUUUGAUCAUCCGAGAUUGAAAGGGGAGAAGCUGCCGGAUUUGCCGGAGAGGCCGAAGGGGAAUGGGGUUUCCGGCGAAGUGGAAGUGGAAGUGGAAGUGCAGAGGUGGAGAAGUUCCGGCGAGGAGUGUCCGGAAGGGACUAUUGCUGUGAGGAGAACUAUGGAGAAGGAUAUCUUGAGGGCGAGUUCGAUUCGGAGUUUUGGGAGGAAGCCGGCGGUGAUUGUCCGGCGAGAUUCCACCGGCAGCGGCCAUGAG